GACGCCGCGCUCGUGACGUCACGGGGAUUGAAUCAAUAUCACACCACUAGUGCCCUCCCUUCGUCGUUGACGACGUCCUCGCGCGAGACGGCAGACGGUCGACCGCCUCAGUACGAGGUAGCCUCCGCGACUGCUCGGGACGACGACGUACACGGCAGCGUCGUUGAAAACGACAACGACGACGACGACGACGACGACGGCAGCGGCGAGAAUCACGAUCACGGUUACGACGACGGUUAGAACGACGCUUUUUCCAGGUGAAGAACCGUGCUGAUCCCAGCAAUCGGUGCCGGUGCCGUGGGCGCAGAAGAAAGGCGAGGGGGGAGGGUGGAAACGAAGAAACCAGGCAGACAGGGAAGCAGCGGGCUCGGUGAGUUGGGUGAAAAUCGAUGGCCAUCAGCGCCCAUGGGCGGCCUCGCGUUUAGGACAAGGAAUAGCCCCUCCCAGAAGACCUCGCUCCGGUGGGGCGACUGCUGCCCCCCAAACUCUAACCCAGCGUCGUCGUCGGUCGCCUGGAAGCACCAUCAUCAGGACAUGCCGCCGGUGCCCGUAUAUCCGAACGAUCCUAAAGCGGAUCAACCGCCGAACUUUUCGGACCUACGUCUCCGUCAGCUCGAGCUCGCGCCGGUGGACCUCUACUCCCCGAAGAUGAUUAACAUCGCCGGGGUGGUCUCGAUCGUUCUAUUCUAUCUGCUGAUCCUCGGCGUGGGAAUAUGGGCGGCCAGGAAGAAGGAAGCGGGCAACGACUCCGAGGAGGAGGUUAUGCUAGCCGGUCGCUCGAUCGGGCUCUUCGUCGGGAUAUUCACGAUGACGGCGACCUGGGUUGGCGGUGGUUACAUCAACGGCACCGCCGAGGCGAUCUACACGAGGGGUCUAAUUUGGUGUCAGGCGCCCUUCGGAUAUGCCCUCAGUCUCGUUUUCGGUGGUAUUUUCUUCGCGAACAAGAUGCGACAGCAGGGGUACGUCACGAUGCUGGAUCCGCUUCAAGACGCGUUCGGGGAGCGGAUGGGGGGCCUUCUUUUUUUGCCUGCCCUUUUCGGCGAGGUUUUCUGGGCGGCGGGCAUCCUCGCAGCCCUUGGCGCCACGCUGGCGGUCAUCAUCGACAUGGACCAGGGCACCUCGGUCAUCCUGAGUGCUUGCAUCGCAGUUUUCUACACCCUCUUCGGCGGUCUCUACUCCGUUGCUUACACCGACGUCAUUCAGCUCUUUUGCAUAUUCAUCGGUCUGUGGAUGUGUAUCCCGUUUGCUUGGACGAAUCCGAAGGUAGAGUCCCUUAGUUCCAUGGACGUUGAUUGGAUCGGCAAAGUGAAUCCCGAGGAGUAUUGGUUUUAUUUGGAUUACGGUUUACUUUUGAUAUUCGGCGGUAUACCUUGGCAAGUGUACUUCCAACGCGUCCUCUCCUCAAAAACCGCGGGGAGAGCUCAAAUAUUGAGUUACGUUGCCGCCGUGGGCUGCAUCCUCAUGGCCAUUCCUCCCGUUCUUAUUGGAGCGAUCGCCAAAGCAACUCCUUGGAACGAGACGGGAUACACUGGUCCUUAUCCUUUCACGGAGACGGAGACCAGCAUGAUUCUGCCACUGGUUCUGCAAUAUCUGACACCGGAUUACAUUUCCUUCUUCGGAUUAGGAGCGGUAUCGGCGGCGGUGAUGUCUUCUGCGGACAGCAGCAUUCUCUCUGCUAGUUCGAUGUUUGCUAGAAAUGUUUACAAAUUAAUCUUCCGUCAGCGGGCGUCGGAGAUGGAGAUCAUCUGGGUGAUGCGGGUGGGAAUCGGCGUGGUCGGUGUGCUAAGCACCGUGAUGGCACUCACGAUACCGUCGAUCUACGGCCUCUGGUCGAUGUGCUCGGAUCUGGUCUACGUGAUCCUGUUCCCGCAGCUGCUGAUGGUAGUUCAUUUCAAGGACUACUGCAACACCUACGGUAGUCUGUCAGCGUACAUAAUCGCCUUCCUGGUGCGUGUCAGCGGCGGCGAGCCGAUGAUGGGACUGCCGGCGCUGAUUCACUAUCCGGGAUACGACGAGGAGUCGGCGACACAGAUGUUCCCGUUCAGAACGAUGGCGAUGCUGUUAUCGCUGAUUACUCUGGUGGGUGUGUCGUACGGCACGCAGUUCGCCUUCCUGACCGGUCGGCUCGCGCCGGGCUACGACGUCUUUAGAUGCGUGGUGAACAUUCCGGAAGACGUCGAGCGAGUGGGCCCGGACCCGGCCGAGGGCGAGCAGAUGGCGGUCCUAGCUGCGGGCGUCGGAAGGCUCUACGGCAGCAAGGACGAAUCGAACGGCCGAGUGAAUCCUGCGCUCGAGCCGGACUACGACAUGGAGCCGGGAUGUACGAUGGUCGGUGGUGCGCCGGAUGGCGUCGUCGGCGGCGGCGGCGGUGGCUGCACCGGGGGACACCUGGUGCCGCACGUGCCCGGUGGUGCGCCCCGGCAGCCGCAAUCCAGCACCGCGUUCUAAGUCCUGGUUCCGUGAUCGGAUGCUGUGACCAACAAUAAGUGUGGCGGUGCGGGUCUCUGUCUUUCGUUCCUCUUCUUCUCAGCUUCCCUUUCCAAUUCUCUUCUUCUACUUUUAUUUAUUAUACUCUCUCUCCGGUGAUAAUUUCAAUUGAAAUCUGUCUACAUAGGAGUUCUCUUGAUAGCAUAAAUAGAGUCUGACAAGCAUAACCGGAGCUUGCUUUCAUGUCGAAAAGUUCUAUUAUUUUCUCUCGAGGAUCUUAUUUCGAUAAAUUACACUAUAUAUAUAUUUCUAAUUUUAAAACAUGUGUGCUAAAACAUUUUUAUUUGCUAAAAAUAUUUAUUGACCUAAAAGUUACGCAGUAAUUUUUAAAAUACUUUGUUAAAAUAUUUAUUUGCUAAACAUGUUUACCGAAUAAUUUUUUUAUUUUACCUGGAAGAAAUUGUUUUCGCUGCAUAAGAGUUAAUACUAGAACAUCCAAUUCGUUUUCGCACGCAUUUCUUUGCAUCUUGAAACGUAAUUUAUUGAUGUGGUAUGAUAAUCAUAUGUCUAACAUUCCUUUCUCUAAUAACGUGUCUCCGAGAAUUACGAAGAUAAUUAUCGCGAUUAUUAUUAAAUGAAUAACCGUCAGUGUGACAUAAAUUACCUAUCGUGGGAUUGUUCUAGUGUUAAUCGACUUUCGGUCACUUACGCAAACUUACGGUGUGUCGUUUUACACGUACACACACACAUACAUACACACUUUUCCUUUUUCUACCCGCCCUAUACGACUACGGAGCUCCGAGAUAAGCCAACAAUGCGGUGGCCUGCGGUAAGUCCGACACAAAAUUUCUUUCGUACUUGCGCACGCGCGUGUAUGUGUCGUGUAUGAAUAUGUGUAUAUGUGUGUGUGUUUGUGUGUUUGUGUGUUUGUGUGUGUGUGUGUGUGUGUGUGUGUGUGUGUGCGCGAUGUGUGUAUGUGGCUGUGUGUUUGCGUUUGAAUGUGUAUGUUCGCACGCUGCUGGUGCCCGUGUAACGAUCUGUACCUGCCCGCGUUUGCUCGCGUUCGUGUUUCCUGUCGCUACUCAAACAAUGCAAAA